AUGUCAAUUUUGGACCAGCCCAAGAUAUGUUCUUCUUUGCCUCGCAUACGUGACCCAGAUUUAGUACAAGAAUUAAAACGUCGAGGAAUUGAACUAACAGACAUAGGUCCAGAAACUCCUCCUAUUGACAUGCUCAUCGGUGCUGACUUUCUGGGAGGAAUAUUAACAGGAAGAAUAGAAGUUCUGCCAUCUGGUAUAACAGCUGUAGAAACGAAACUCGGAUGGAGUGUUUUAGGUCCAGGAAAGAAGAGCAGCAUAAAUAUGGUAUCGCUAUGUAUGCAUCACUCAGAGAUACACAAAAUUUGGGACUUAGAAUCUUUGGGUAUAACAGAUCCCACUGAGAGGAAAACAACUAAGGAGCUAGAUGAAGAAACGGUCACAUUUUUUCAAGAAACAAUUCGGAAAACUGGAAACAGGUAUGAGGUGGCUCUUCCAUGGCUAGCAGGACAUCCUCACUUGUAUGAUGGAUACGACCAGGCAGAAGCAAGACUUCGCACCGUUACAAAGCGUCUUUUGAAAGACAAUUACUACGAACUGUAUGAUGGUGUCUUACAGCAGUGGAAGAAUGAUAACAUCAUAGAGGAGGUGACAGAAGCUGAAAUGUCAAGUUCAAAGGCUUGUCAUUAUUUGCCACAUCAUCCAGUCGUUAAAUCAUCAAGCGCUACCACGAAGGUCAGGCCAGUCUUUGACGCUUCAUGCAAACGCCCCGGAUAUGCCUCCUUAAAUGACUGUCUUAGUACAGGACCAAGUUUAUUAAGUGAAAUCCCUCGCCUCAUAAGUAAAUUUCGUUGUGGUGCCAUUGGAGUAAUUGCAGACAUUAAACAAGCAUUUCUUCAACUCUCUUUAGCUUCCAAAGAUAGAGACUACCUAAGAUUCCUUUGGUGGGAAGACAAAGAACACACUAAGAUGAAAUUUUACAGGCAUUGUCGUGUUGUUUUCGGCGUUUCAUCAAGCCCCUUCUUAUUAAAUGCCACGAUUAAAUUUCAUCUUGAAUCGCAGGAAUUCCAAUCAAUAGUCCUGCAAAACACGAUCAAUCGAAUGAAAGAAGGAUUUUAUGUAGACAACUUAGUCACGAGUGUGAAUACCAGCGAAGAACUGGAACAAUUAAAAUCGCAAGCUAUAGAAGUAAUGCAAAAGGGUUCCUUUGAAUUGAGAUGCUGGGCUUACAGUGGAAUUGAAAUGAUAGAUCAGAAUGUACUUGGCCUGAAAUGGGACACUCAUGCAGAUGAACUUUAUUGUGCUGGCUGUAAAAUGACUUCAGAAAAGGUCCUUUCAAAGAGAAAGCUUCUCUCUAUAGUAAACAGCAUAUACGAUCCUAUUGGAUUUACAUCACCUGCAACUCUUCUUCCGAAAUUAUUGCUUCAAGAAGCUUGGAAAAACAAGAUAGGCUGGGACGACGAUCUGCCUCUAAAUAUUCAACAUAGAUAUCAACACUGGGUGAAGCAUAUUGAUCUCAUAGAACAGUGCAGAAUACCUCGUCGAUUAAUGCUAGGAACUCUUGAGAAUACAAGCCUGCAUGUCUUUACCGAUGCUUCCGCAGAUGCAUACGCUUGCUGUGUAUACUUACGCUCUGAAGAAGAAACGGGAACCUCUGUCCAGUUAAUAACUGCCAAAGCCAGAGUAGCCCCGAUGAAAAGACCGACGAUUCCACGCUUAGAAUUGCUUGGAGCUACAAUGGGUGCAAGAAUAGCAAGUACCGUUUUAGAAGCAAUACAGCAACCUUUAAAAAUUUCCUUUUGGGUCGAUUCAAUGGUUGUUCUAAGUUGGAUAACGAAAGGAGAACCGUGGAAUACUUUCGUCGGUAACCGGGUUACAGAAAUACGUCAACUUACAAAUGUCGAUAAUUGGAGAUUUGUACCAGGAUCUAUGAAUCCGGCCGACUUGCCCUCGCGUUCUUGUAAUUGGAAGGAGCUGAUAGAUAGUCGAUGGUGGGAGGGUCCCACUUGGCUACAAGAAACAGAAAAUACCUGGCCAAAUACUGAGAUUACGAUGCCUGAAGAAGCUUUAGUUGAAAGAAAGAAAAGUGUUAUCUGCAGCACGAAUAUUAACUUACAGGAAAACUUCAGCAAGAAGCUUCUAUACUUUUCUAAGUACAGCAAAGUUAUAAGAAUGGUAGCUUGGAUGCUGAGAUUUAUAAAUAAUGCUAGGUAUAAGUCCACCCGAGUUAUCUCCGAGUUAACAUGUGAAGAAAUACAGAAGGCAGAACUCGCCGUCAUUAAAUUGGUACAAACAGAACUGCAUGCUGAAUUGAAGGAAAAAUACUCGAAGUCUAUACGAUUUUCCGAAGAGUCUGGAGUUUUAAAAGUUGAAACUAAAUCAAAACAGCAGGAAAUUUCGGUGGGAGAAAUAGUUCUCAUAGGAUGUGAGGACACUAAGAGAUUAAACUGGCCAUUAGGUCGUGUUGUUGAACUGUAUCCUGGCAGGGAUGGUAUCCAAAGAAUUGCCAAACUACGAGUUGCUAAUGGCUACCUCGUUAGACCUUUGCAGAGGCUGUAUCCUCUCGAAAUGUCAAUCAGUGAUUUGCCAUCAGACCUAGCAGCAAAUGGGAAGGAGGUGGCAGCUAAUCUCGAUUCUGGAUACUUGGAGUCUACAGCAGUUCCUAUUCCAAAAACCCUCAACCCUGACGCUGAGAUUUUCAUUCCCAUGACCGAGACACCUCACCUCACCAGUUAA